UAAAUUUUAGCUGUACACUAUGAAUUGUAUUCCCUUUACAUUUUUAAUUGUCUCCAUCCACAACCAAAUUCUUAAAUAAAUACUAUAAGACCUAAUCACUCUCCUCUUCCCAAAAAUAAAAAAUCUGAUGGCAAUUGAAAAAAAACAUCUGAAUUUCGUACCUUCGCAAGUUGUCCCUCAAAGAGGUUUGAUGAAUUCUUCAUAUCAAGGUGGUAGCGCUUUAGCGUAUAUGCUACAGAAGGGUUCAUCGGGCGUUCUGGCUCUAGGAAAACGAACCAGAGAUUCAACGGAUAGGUUUUACGCCGCCACAUCGAAUAAUCAAUUCCCAUCAAUCGUCGGCGACGGUGUCAGCAACGUUUUUAAUCAAGUCCAGAAUUACCGGUUGGACAUCGAUAGCAUCUUAUCUCAACAUACAAAGAAGAUAAAAAUAGAAUUGGAAACGAGCCAAAACCAUCAUGCCAGAAUGGUUGUCGCAGCAAUAAGAGAAGGUGUAAUGAAGAAACUGAACGAAAAGGAUGAACAGAUUCAAAGAAUGGACAGGUUCAAUUCAGUUCUUCAAGAAAGAUUGAAAUGUUUGUUUGUCGAAAAUCAAAUGUACAAAAACUUGGCAGAGACAAAUGAGGCAGUGGCCAAGUCUUUGCGUACCGACAUGGAACAAAUCCUAAGGAAUGUUGGGGAUGGUGGCCGAAGGGCCGAGGCGGAGGAUGCCGAGUCGUGUUGCGAUAGUAACGCCUGCGAGAAAGAGAGCAAGAUGUGCCACAAGUGCAGGAAAAAAGAGGCGUGCGUGUUGUUGCUACCGUGCCGUGCCUGUGUGAGGUGUGCGGUGGUGGGUCCAAUCAACUAAAAGAGUGCCUAGUAUGCAACACUCGUACGAGUGCAACAUUGAAUGUUAACAUGUCGUUUUAACAUAUUUUCGUCAUCGAUAUUAAUUAGGUGGGAAGAAAGAAAAAAUAAUCUCUAAAAUAGACUUUUAAGGAAAGUAACCGUUUAUUCUUGCCAUUGCUAAUUUAUAGAUUUAUU